AUAGUUAAGUUCAACUUGACCUAUUAGUGGCAGGAGUGAAAGAAAUCAAAAACAUCUGUUUUACAAAGGGCAAAAGUUAAGCCUAAAUCUGCAUUAAGCUCUCUGCCCUCUCUCUUUCUGCCUAAUAUGGUAUACUUUAACAUUAGACAUGUUUGUAUAACAACUUUACAUCAUUGCAUUUUGCUAUGAAAUCUAAUAGCUCUGAGUUGUGUGGGUUAUGAGAUCAACCUUUAAAGGACAGCACGUUGCUCUUAAACAUGGUAAACUGAGUCUUGGUUGCACGAUUUAGAAUAGGCAUUUUAAUUGUUAACACGUUAAUGCACCUGUCUCGUCGUCCACUCUUGUAAUAAUCCUCUCAAGCUCUUGGUGACGCUCUUUUAUAGUGUCUGACUCACAGAGGCUGUAGCGUGCUUUUAAUCCGUGUCAGUGGAACUGGAGCAUUGGGUUAAAGCCGAGGGCUGUGUAUGCAUGCGUGUUUGUGUGGGUGUGUAUGAAGAUGAGCAAAAGAGAGCAGAGAGAACUUGAGUAUGUGUGUAUGUGUGAGUUAGCAGAGAGAGAGAGGGAGAGAGAGAGGGAGAAGCUAGAGCAGCAGUGAAACGGGGCUACAGAGAGGAAUUCAAGCUGACACAUUCUCUAAUAGCGCAUCAUUAAAUCAGCCGGAGAAGCGGUGAAGCUUUGGAUUAAAGCAACAUUUUUACUUCGAUGCUUUCGAAUAUGUUGAGGAUUUAGCAUUUAUUUCGACAAUGCAUCUGCAUUUAACAAUAAUGGGGCACAGAAUAAACUUAAAAUGGUGGCUGCAUUUUUCGUUGCUUGGUCUCCUUUUCGGCUCUGCGCUCGGCGAGGUGCGUUACGUCCUACCGGAGGAGAUGCAGCGAGGCUCGGUUAUCGGUAAUGUGGCGCGGGAUCUCGGGCUGAAAGUGACGGAGCUCGAUUCUCGUCGAGCCCGGAUUGUUGCAGAAGGAACGAGCCAGCUGUGCGCACUGGACACCGCGUCAGGCAACCUCCUGAUCAGCCAGCGAAUAGACCGAGAGGAGCUGUGCGCGCAAGCCGCUGUCUGCAUUCUACAGUAUCAGCUCUUACUUGAAGACCCUCUUCAGGCAUACAGCUUAGUUUUGGACAUCACAGAUAUAAAUGACAACAGCCCCGUCUUCGCUGCGGGCGAGAUAAGACUGGAUUUAGUCGAAUCCACGGUUUUGGGGAGGCGUUUUCCUUUGGAGAGCGCGCAUGACCCCGAUUUGGGCACCAACUCUAUCCAUGAAUACAGGCUGAGCUCAAACGAACAUUUUGCACUGGAGAUGAGCACUCAUAUAAACGGCAACGCUUAUCCGGAGCUGGUUCUGAAAAAGGCUUUGGACCGCGAGGCACAAGCUGGACAUAUACUGAAAAUCAGUGGAAUAGACGGGGGGAACCCGGUCCGCUCAGGAACUGCAUCUAUUCAUAUUCGUGUUCUGGACGCCAAUGAUAAUGUCCCAGCAUUUAGCCAAAGAGUUUACAAAGCGUCUGUGGAAGAGAACUCACCCCCAGGAACUCUUAUAACGGCGUUGAACGCCAGUGACUUAGAUGAAGGUGUUUAUGGAGAAAUAACGUAUUCCUUCAGUCACAUGUCAGACAAAGUUGGAGGAGUUGUUGAGAUUAACCCUUUGAGUGGAGAGGUUCGGGUUACGGGUCUUAUUGACUAUGAGGAGGCCAGUUCUCACGAGCUGGACGUUCAGGCCAAAGAUGGUGGUGGUCAGGCCUCUCAUUGUAAACUUAUAAUUGAGGUGAUUGACGUAAAUGACAACAAACCUGUGAUAGAAAUUAAGUCAGCUUCUGCUAACGUGGCCGAAGACUCUAAGCCAGAAACUAUGAUUGCUUUAAUUAACAUUUUUGACCUGGACACAGGAAGCAGCGGGCGCGUCACGUGCACAAUCUCAGACAAUGUCCCAUUUAAAAUUAUAUCGGAGGUAAAAAACUACUAUAUGAUAGUAACCGAUGGAUUGUUAGACCGAGAAGUUCAGCCAGUGUAUAACAUCACAGUCACCGCCACUGAUGCGGGCUCUCCCUCGCUCUCUAGCGUGAAAGUUCUAACUGUCGUGGUCAAUGACAUAAAUGAUAACGCGCCGAGCUUCGCGCAGAGAGAGUACAACGCCAACAUCCUCGAAAACCAACCUGUUGGGACGUUUGUCAUGAACGUGAACGCGGGGGACGCGGACGACGGCUCGAAUGCCCGGUUGCGCUAUCGAAUUCUAAAAGACGGCGAAUCGGAAGCGUCGGCGUUCCUCACCGUAAACCCAGACACCGGGGAGCUCUUCACGGCGCGCCUCUUCGACUACGAACAGUUAGUCCACUUCCAAAUCAAGGUGGCAGCUCGCGAUGGGGGCGAUCCCCCGCUCUCCGCCACGUGCACCAUCAACGUGUUCGUCAGGGACCAAAACGACAACGCCCCCGCCGUUCUGUACCCCGUUCAGAGCGGCGGGUUCGUUGCUGAGGACCUGGUGCCGUUUGAAGCACCCAGAGGCUACCUGGUCACCAAAGUGGUGGCUGUGGACGCCGACUCUGGCCAUAACGCCUGGCUUUCCUACAAAAUAAUCAAAGCAACGCGGCCCAAUCUGUUUGUGGUGGGUCUGCAUACAGGCGAGAUCAGAACAGUGCGGGUUUUCAUGCAGGACGACGAGCCCAAACAUAACGUCGUUGUUUUAGUAACCGAUAACGGGCACGAGGCGCUUUCCGCCACUGCCACCGUCAGUGUAGUAAUCGGUAACGGGCUGCCUGUUCUGAGCGAACUUUUUGAGUUUGCAGAUGAGUCACAGGAGAGCGAUAACCUAACGCUCUAUUUGAUAAUCGCCCUCUCAGCCGUGUCCUCCAUGUUCAUCCUCUUAAUUAGCGGCGUGUUUUAUUUCAAGCUGUGCAGGCGCGGUUAUGUUUAUCGCUCCACCACCCACAGUCUCCCCGUUUUCCCCACGACCUACUACCCCACCAGUUUCACAGAUUUCAGCCACUGUGGCACCUUGUUGAACGACGAGCGCUACGAUUCCUUCCUAACCACCGGCUCGUGGAGAGGCGAUUUCCGUUUCAGCUCAAACACGGACACGGACACGCUCAAGAAAAGGAGCGCAGCCUAUCAAAAAAGCACUUUGAGGCGCGCGAGCACCGAUAGGGCCAGCCUGAAGGUGAGGCCCGGUGCGCUGCAUCCCUGUUACGUGGUCAAAUAAGAGUCCAUGGGAGCGGAAAGUAAAAACUCUACUGCGAAUUUAAUUGAGACCUUCUGACUGUCAAAGUGUUUUAAUUCCCUCUGCAUUUUUUAAAUUAUAGAUAUAUUUAUUAUUAAGAGAAUAAUGUUGUCAGGAAGAUGGUUCAGAUGUGAUAUUUAUCUUUGGAUGUGUCUGUGUAAAUGUAAUCAAUGUGUCAGUGCUUUGACCUUUGGCUUAUAACUGUAACUUCAACCUGGACCUGACCUUAAACACUGGUGGCACGUUUAAACUUUCCUGGAACACUUCUGAGCUAGAAAAAACAAUAGCAUGAAUAAUCGUUUUUUCUACAUUUACUUGUGACAGUUUUUAUUACGGUUUGCACCAUGUUUGUGACUUAGCAAUGUUUUUUUUUUUUUUUAUUGAUCUUCAACUUUAUAUUCUACAUACACUUUGUCACUGCUCUUGCUUUCCUCUCAACAUCUCACCACAUUGUUGCUUUAGUUUGAUAUCACACACUUUUGUGAUGUCUCCACGCUUUAUUCCUAAAUAAACCAGACAUAAACAGUUAAUGAAAACAAUCAUGGUUUCUCCUUCAUAUACAGUCUCCACUUUAUUUAUCUAAUUUCUUACUAGAAAUAUGCUACAACCAAUUUUACAUAAUACACUGUGUACUUUCACUAAAACACUUGCUUUACACUUUGAUACAGAUGGAAGCACUGCAAUACAUGUUGUAAUUUAAACUGUGUAAAGAAUAUUUGUGUAUUUAUUGAAAAAUAAAGAGAAUAUUGCUCCUUGA